AUGUCCGUCGUUCCUAUCGAUGUCACGUCGAGGCUGGAGGUGCCUCCUACGGAGCCCGUCCAGGAACCGCCAAAAGUCGCCGUAACGCCAUGCGAGGGGCUGCCUGUUCGCUAUUACUUCGAAGGGGGCCUUCGUCGCGUAUAUCCAUACCACUAUACAUACAACACAUACUGCAAGGAGCGAUGGCGCAACAGGGAGCUGAUAGACAUUUUCACCACCGAGUUUCGCGACCGCGAGCCGGGCUACUACAGAAAAGCCCUUGAAAGCGGCUAUGUCACGGUAAACGGCAAAUCCGCGGGGCCCAACACCGUCCUCAAAAACGGCCAAAUCGUCUCGCAUACCCUCCAUCGCCACGAACCACCCGUCACAGGCAACGACGUCGGCAUCAUCGACGAGACAGAUGAUUUGCUUGUCAUUGAUAAACCCGCUGGUGUUCCCGUUCACUCGACAGGCCGGUACCAUUAUAACUCCGUCAUGGAGAUCAUAAGGCACAACUACGGCGGGAAGUUCGUUCCGCGGCCCUGUAACAGACUGGAUCGGUUGACGUCCGGGGUUAUGUUCGUGGGGAAGACAGCGCAGGGCGCGGAUAAGAUGACUGUUAGUUUGAGGGAGCGCACCGUUCAGAAGGAGUAUGUUGCGCGCGUGAAGGGCAAGUUCCCUGAUGGAGCGAUUAUUGUGGACCAGCCGAUUAUGUCUAUUAGUCCGAAGGUUGGGCUGAACCGUGUCCGGGCGACAGGGAAGGAAGCGAAGACGAAGUUUCGACGAUUGGCGUAUUACCCUCCUGCGCCUGCGCCUGCGCCUCAAAACUCAGUUGCGGAGGGCGAAGGCGAAAGUGAAAGUAAAGAAACGCAAGGGAAGGAACCAGGUUCAAAACCAGCAACGCCGCCGCCGUCCUACAUCAACGAAAGUGAAGGCUACAGCAUCGUCCACUGCCUCCCGCUCACGGGCCGCACGCACCAAAUCCGCGUGCAUCUACAGUUCCUCGGCCACCCGAUAAGCAACGACCCGAUCUACUCGAACCGGCGUGUCUUCGGCCCAGAGCUAGGGAAGAAUGAAUCGACCGCAGACCGGGACGACGAGAUCAUCGAUCGUCUAAUGGAGAUGGGUCGCACCGAACUCCCGGAGACAGUCUCGUACCGCACACAUUUGACCACGCUGCCGGUUGUGCCGCCGGGUACGGACAGCUCGGUCGUGCAGGCGAUCAUGACGAAGGAGCAUGAAGCCGCGGUGGAAGCGUAUCAGAAACGAAAGGGGGAGAGACUCUCCGGGAAGACUUGUGAUGUCUGCGGGACGGAACUGUAUACCGACCCCGGUGUUCACGAGCUGGGGAUCUUCUUGCAUGCUGUUGCGUACUCGGAUGCCGGUGGCGAGUGGCAGUAUCGGAGCAAGAUGCCUAGCUGGGCUUUGCCGCCGGCGGGAUUGGAUGGGCCGCGGGAGGUUCCUGCGUGGGAGGAGGUAGAGACGGACAAGGAGACUGUUGUUGGGCAGGGAACUGUUCCUGAGCUCGGGGGUGAUGAGGAUGGAACUACAGCUUUGGUUGAGGGCGUUGGGUUAGUUGAUAUUUCGACAGCCAGACAGGCGCAGGAAAGUGCUGGUGGUGGUGCUGCUGCUGGAAAUGGGGCAUAG